AUGUUUUGGUUUCGGGGCUGUUCUUCCCUUACACAUUCUUACUGGAAUACGACAGAAUUAUUCCAGAAACACAGGAUUCCAAUUGAUCGUAUAUACUUCCAAUUUAAGGUGAUGGGGAAAGAGGUGGAGGAUAUCAUCAACGACUGUAUCAAGCCAAAUUUUGUCGAGCUUCCAGAGGUCAUUGAGACUCUCCCGACACCUAAUAUGCGGGGCAGAUACCAACUUGAUACCGAUGUUGAAGAGGAUCUCUCCCUCACCGAGGAACGUCACAACUCACAACUGAAGAGGUUUGAGGAUAAGACAAAUAAGAAGAAAGAGAUUACAAUGGAAGAAGCUGAUGAUGUCGGGGAACUUCCGUCCCUUGAUGAGAACAGCAUCGAGAGCAACGAUGACGUCAUAUACAAAAUGAUUCCGCGACAGUGCGAGGGCGGCACUUACACUUGGGGUUUCUUCUUGGAAGGUGCCCGAUGGGACAGAGAACAGCACUGUCUCGUGGAAAUGGCUCCCAAACAGCUUCAUGAUCAGCUUCCCAUAAUUCUUUUCCAACCUGCUGUAUUGCCUGAAGGGGCUACCUUAGGUUAA